AUGGAGUCAAUACCAGCCCAGCAGCUAAAGACAUUGAAUUUCAGGUCUCUAGUUCCUCCGUUAGUCCACAACGAGUUGAGUAAGCCUUCUAUGGUGGUAUACCAAACUGCAACAACGCGGCGUCGCGAGGCCAGAUCAGAUGAAACAUCCUCAAACUGGCAGGACAUUCUCAACGAGUCAUAUUUGCUUGAUUUACCGCCCCCACCAAUGUGCUACGGUGAAGACAAGAAGUUUCUGGUGGAAUUUGCCAAAUCGUUCGCCAUCAGACAUGGCUACAAAUUGGUAGUUAACAAGAACGACGGCAGAAGGUGUAUUCUACUUUGCGAUCAACAUGCCGUAAAGAAGAAUGCAUCAAAGUCAGACUCUGUUGGAUGCUCUUUCAGAGUGGAAUUACAAUUCAAGACCAAAAAGAGGUACUGGCUGCUGAAACCUAUUAAGCCCAGACAUGGUGCUCACGGGAUACGACGUGGUUCGGAUUUCUGUACCAGCGAUAGCCACCUGGAUUGUGCUUUUGAAGUUGGACUGAACAAGUCAGACAUUCCAAUGGACGAUCUCCCGGUAAUAUCAAGGGAAAAGUACGUUCUGAACAAGCCUAUAGCCGACGAUACUGAGAUAGACGAGGUGUUGAGGAACGCAAUAGCCCCGCCUCUUACAUUCUAUCAGGACAAAAAGAGUAAUAAUAUUGAGACAGAUGAACACAGAACGGAAAUCGAUGUCGGAAUGAGUUUGAAGGUUGUUGUUAAGGGUCAGAACUCGGAUCUGAGUAGAUUGGCUUUCAAAGUGAUAGAGAAGUUAAGCUUCAAGCAAUGGGAGCUAUGGCCACGCAUUCCCGUCGAAUGCUCUUUUGUGCCUAUCAAUCCUAGGAAUUCUGACCUGAUAAUAGAGAUAAGCUGCUUUGACGAAACAGAGAGAUCUUUCAGCUUCGAUUAUGUUCCAGACCAGCUAGACUACGAACUGGAUAAGAUCAAGGGCGAGAUCGUCUCUAUGGUAUCUGCGAGGACAAAAAUUCCUGUCUGGCGUCUGAGCUAA